UGCGCAUGCCCAGACUGUGAGGCGACACCCAGCGGCGGUUGACGUGCAUUGGUGGCGGUGGUUCUUUGUGCAAGAUGCUGGUGUUGAUGCUGGUGGCUGCGGCGACCCUGCGACUCUGCUUGCUGGCCAGAGCUCAGCCGCUGUGCCGUAAUCACAUGGUGAGGACAGGAAAGGUGUUUCAUAUCAGACAGCAAAUUCAAGGGGACCAACUGUAUUUUUCAUCUACAAGAGCACACUUGAUUAAACAUCCUUGCAAGAAAAACAUAGCCCUGUAUCUAGGAAGACAAAUCUUUUUCACGACAGAUAAUUUCAAAAGUAGUCUCCUUCCACUUUCCAUCCCUGCAUCAAUGAAGGUUGGCAAACCAGAAUUAACAUCAGCACAUAUCGCUGACUCAGUAUUGGUGUUGGUAGUGAAUCAAAAAGUCUAUAUUUAUGACUAUGAAGCCAAUUCCUGGAACACAUCUCUAGGUAUAGAACGCCCUGUUUCACAUGUUUCUGGUGACAACUGUUGUUACAGCAGACAUCCAUUUUGUGUGGAUAUGAGUAAUUCAGUUUUUGCUUAUUUGUACGGAGAUCAGAUAUCUCAGACCACUGUAUAUUUCUCAAACACCCAGGGAUACAAAUUUCAGAAGUUUGCCUAUGAAAGACAGGCAGAACUAGUUGGGUCUUUGGGUGGGACCUUCUACUUUCACUCCUUGUCACAGGUUGGGCUGCUUCUCAUUGAUCAAGGGAAGGCUAGGUUCGGUUACUCAGAGCACCCCUUGAACAGCAGUUUUGGGCUGCCCUUCGACUACAACGGGACCCUGGGCAUCCUCAUCACCCCAGGCCAGAAAGGCAUUCUAAUCUUUUGGUUUGAGAAGAGCCUGUUGGUUUCCAGAAACUCAGGUCAGCUCGUCUACCCUGUCCAUGUGCGAGAAGGACCGAACACCUUGUAUUCGUCCAUUUCUGAAGCCAACAUCACCAUCCACAGCGUUGCUGCCAAUGAAUAUGAACUGGCAGUUUUAACCCAGGAGAACAAUUUGUAUUACGGCAGCUUGGGAAUCCUGUCAAGUUCUCUAAUCAAAUUUGCAGGCCAAAACAUCUGGUCCCAGGACGCAGCCCUAAUGUUCACUGAUGUGGGGAGAAUGGAAAUACUGACCCCAAUCCCCGAUUUGAUGUUUCCAGCUUUCGAUUUCCAGAAGUGUUCUGUGAACAUCCAGCCGAUUCUCAUGGAUCCCCAACUCCAAGUUGACGUUUGCAAAGCGGAACUUCUGGAAGGAGAAUUUGACGGCAAAAUGUACACCAUUGACAUGAACAGCAAAUUGGAGCUGACCGCCCUGAUGAUCCCAAGGCCCGGCAUGUCCCUGAUCCCGCUGGCAAUGGUGAGCAACCCCCACUCCCUGGGCCUGCAGGCCAUCAUCUAUGAGGACGGCUACACUUAUGACGGGAACACCAAACACAGGCUGAACAUUUCCCUGAAGCAGCAGCACCACUGGGGCAGAGCUGACCCCAAUUUCACCUCCAGCAUAAAGAGACCCACAGGAUCUACCAUCACUCUGGACAUAGCCAACAAGGAAAUUUCGUGUGUGGACCUCAAGCCACUGACAGCGUUCAUUUCAGUGGGUUGCGACCAGGAAAAAAAGAUCGUCAUUCAGAACGAAAUCUCAGCCUGUCAGAACAACAUCCUCGACCCCGUGGGCCUUCAGGACAAUUACAGCUACGUCAUUGAGAGGGAGGCCUACGACCCCAACUUCCAGGGGCAGAAGGCCAGUGAGGACCUGGUGGUGCAGUACGAGUAUGAGAAGCUGGGCUGCCCCAGCCUCGUCUACUGGGACAACCCCUGGAAGCCCGUGGUGGAACUGUGGCGGGAAGGCAAGUUCCAGGAGGUCAUCGAGACAGAGUUCGUCCUACUGGAGGUGCACGGACUGUUCACGUACACCUACUCCCUGACAGCCCAGACGGCGCGCUGCAAGGCCCAGCCGCAGAACUGGACCACCAUCAUGGAGACCGCGGGCGACAGGGGGCCCUUCGCCUGGGACCGAGAGAACUAUGUGAGCUGCCAUGACCCUGACAACGAAGUACCCUUGAGAUGGCCAAACGUCCCGUAUCAGAUCCUGGGAGGCCCGACGGCAAACAAGGUUAUUUUUGACCAGAGGAAUGGAAUCUACGUUUUCUACAUUUCUAUCGUGGAUCCGUACUACAGCUACUGUCACUUGGAGACCACCUUCAGCAUCUACGUGUACGGCGCCUUCCCCCUGUCUGUCAUCCUGGCGGCGGUCACGAUCAUCCCGCUCGUGGCGGUCAUGCUGCUGUCCGUGUGGCUGGCCUACGCCAUCCCCAAACUGCUGCACACGGAGAAGGGCCUCAAGUUCAAGGGCUUCUGGAUUCAUCUGUGCAGGAGGUGCCGGAAGGCCUGUGCGUGUUUCCGAGGCGGGUGCUAAGUGCACCGGGGAAGCCCCGCGUGGCCUUAAAGUGUUCUAUAAAGCGGCUGGUGGCGGUGUUCGUGCCGCGUGUUUGGAGCGUGUUGUGUCCUCCCCCACCACCUUCCAUCCUCCUGUCGCAGCUCCCCCACCGUGCGGCACCUGCGCCGGGAGUGGGGCAGCCCAGGCCCUUGACGGGACGCGGGGGAGGUGAGGGAGCGGAGCACCCCACGGAGAGAGAGGUGGUCCUCUGAAAGACCUAAGACGUAGCCCCGUGGCCCUUAGAGGGGGACGGGGGAGUCUGGAGGAGGCAGCAACUGCUGGGAGUCCGUUUCUGGGGCAUAAACCCUCCCGGGUAUACAAACACGCAUGUGUGUGCUCUGCUGUGU